GCAAGACGUUGUUUUUACGAAGAGGAGAGGCCAAGGACCAGGAGCAAAACCAAGAGAAGACCAGAGUUACUUAGAAAGUUAUGACCUAUAUCUAAAAAGAGUAGGCGACAUUACAGAUAACAAUCAAGGCGUUUUAGUGAAGUGGAUUUCAGUUUACUUUCUAGGAGCUGUCCCCACUAGGAGGCAAAUUAAUCAGGACACAUAGGACAGCUAACUGUGUAAGUCUGCAGGCUAUUGAUAUUCAGCUUGUUCUCUAGGCAUUUAACACUGUCUGACCUUUGUCUGGAUUGUAAGCCAGGAUGCCCUCCAAUGGCAGUAAAGCCCUCAAGCUACAGUUUGGGCUUAUUAACCAUGAAAACCGCUAUCUAACUGCGGAGGCCUUUGGUUUCAAGGUAAAUGCUUCAGCUCCGAGUCUCAAGAAGAAGCAGAUCUGGACUUUAGAGCAAGACGAGCAAGAUGGUCAGGUGGUUUACCUUCGAAGUCACCUAGGUCGCUACCUGGCUUCCGAAAAAUAUGGCAAAGUGAGCUGUGAGGCUGAGACGAAAAAUAAUGACUGUCGGUUUCUGAUUGUGGCACAGUCAGAUGGUCGUUGGGCCCUGCAGUCCGAGACACAUCUCCGUUUCUUUGGAGGUUCGGAUGACUACAUCUCCUGCUUUGCUCAGACCAUUGGUGAGGCAGAACUUUGGGCCAUGCAUCUGGCCCUGCACCCACAGGCCAAUCUGCUCAGUGUGGCCCGCAAACGCUAUGCCCACCUGGCAUCCCCUGAGGGAGAGAUUGCUGUGGACAGCAACAUCCCAUGGGGUGUGGAUGCUCUUUUAACUCUUGUAUACAUGGAUGGAAAAUAUUGUCUUAAGACCAGUGACAGUCGUUUCUUGAGCAAUGAUGGGAAGCUGUCCUCUGAGAAUGGCCGUGGCACAGGUUACACCUUGGAACUAAAGUCAGGCAAGUUGGCCUUCAAGGACUGUGAGGGGAAGUAUUUGACCCCAAUGGGGCCCUCUGGAACCUUGCGUUCUGGACGCUGCUCCAAACCCGGCAAGGAUGAGCUGUUUGAUCUUGAGGAGAGCCAUCCACAAGUGGUGUUUCAGGCUGCCAACAACAGAUUUGUCUCCAUCCGACAGGGUGUGAGUGUCUCAGCCAAUCAGGAUGAUGAGACAGACUUGGAGACGUUUCAAAUGGAAAUUGAUAAAGACGUGAGAAAGUUCAAAUUUCGAACUAAUGAAGGGAAUUACUGGACGCUUGUUGCUCAUGGAGGCAUCCAGUCAACAGCCACAGAAGCCGGUGCCAACACCAUGUUUGACAUAGUGUGGCUUGGUCGACGGGUGGCACUGCGAGCCAGCAAUGGAAAAUACGUAUGCACAAAGAAAAAUGGCCAGCUUGCUGCAGUCAGUGACAGUGUGGGUGAGGAUGAGCAGCUGGUUCUGAAACUGAUCAAUCGACCCAUAUUGAUCCUGAGAGGAGAGAAUGGCUAUGUAUGUCACCACAAGAGCUCAAAUACACUGGAUGCCAACCGUUCAGUUUAUGACAUAUUUACGCUGUAUUUCAAUGAUGGUGCAUACCACAUUAAAGGUGCUGGUGGAAAGUUCUGGUAUGUGUCCAACAGUGGAUUGGUGUGCUCUGAUGGCGACACACCUGAAGAUUUCAGCUUUGAAUUCCUGGAGCAUGGACGGAUAGCUAUAAGGGCCAAAAAUGGCAAAUAUCUACGCGGAGACCAAGGCGGCAACCUGAAAGGAGAUGGAGAAAAUGCAGACAGCUCUUCCCUCUGGGAAUACUGACACCUUGUGGACAUUUAAAGAACUGCUAAUCGCCCGGGUUAAACUCUUGGAUUUACAAUUGUCAGGCAACAAAUUGGUACAAUUGAGUUCUAACGUUUGGAAAUCUUUGUUUUUCAUCAGUAUUUUGAUUUAGUCACUAUUCAGCAUUACACAUGUAUUCUUACCAUUUCUGGAUUAUAUACUUCUACAAAAUGAGCUUGUAGGAAAUAAAAUGCACACACAUGACAAGAAAUGAAUCUUUACCAUAUCAGCUCACUGUUACUCACUAUAAACUGCAGCUGUGCUGCAAAACAAGUCUCUGGCAUUGCUAUGGACCUUUUUCCCCCCACAAAAUUUGAUGACACAUUUCUGCUUUAAUUGAGCAUUGUAAAUCUUGCAACCUUGUUUCCUCUCUCUCUUAAUAUAUAUACAUAUAACUGUACUUAGUUAUAUUACCUUGGCAUUUAUUAAACAGGUAGUGACAGUAAAUUUGGCAUCUUUCCUCACGUCUGAAAAAGGGAACACUGCAAAAACAUUUUAUUUGGUCUCCUAUUUACCUGCCAUUUACGCUUCUAUAUUUGUACAUCCGUAUUCCAAACCCGAAAAUGUGAAAAGGGUCCAUAAUCUAGAGUAACAUUAGCAAAUCAAAAACAUCUCAUCAUUAAUUUUUACUUAUUUUUUUUAUCCCUCAAUAACCCUUUACUUCAUUUUUUAUUUUUUUUUUUGUCUUUCAUAUAUGUUGUUACUUAAUACACUCCUCAAUGUCUUGUCAGCUCCAGUGAAUCUUAUUUUAUGCUUUCUAGAAAUGAACUGACAGAGAAGUCAAACAAUGACUGAAAUGCCAGGAGACAACAGGAUACACCAUAAUUACUUUUCAGUCCCUCGCAAUGAAAUUAAUCAGAACUAAAUCCAUUUUAUUCCCAAUUGUGAUUUAUUUUAGUUCUCUUUCUUUUGACCAUCUGGAAAGAUUUUACAAUUAUUACAAAUAAAAUCCUGUCUCUAAUUUCUG